ACAAGUUUGACAAGCUAACACAUUUAUAUGAUAUUUUUUACUGCAUUAUGACAUUAUUAAGUUUUGCAUCAUCGUCUUUUUGUUCUUUGUUUCUUGUGAUUGAGGCUGCAGUCACAGUCACAGGUUCGGAGCAGUUUAUCAGAGCUCAUGUGCAUUGUCUGAUGUGUGUGUCCAGAGAAGAAUGAUGAUAUUUCAACUUUGGUGGCACCAAAUAAUAGCAUACAUCUGAUAAUCUGAGUCUCAGUCCUCUAAAAAGAGUAUACAUUUUUCCUUUGCUCUGGUCUCCUCACGUACUCUUUAAUACAGUUUUGAUGUUAAAUUAGACGUUUCAGCAAUUUUGACUGCAAGGUGCACACAUGGUGCUGUGUAAUGCAGUGUAAAAUACACAGUUAAAAUUGUCAGUCAUGAUGUUGUAUAGAGUUAUACACUGGGUUUUGAUGUUUUGACAAACCUUAUAUUUUUUUUCUUACGGGAUAACAGAUUUAUGCUCACAAAUGAAUAAUUUGUAUUCAAGUAUACAAAUGUCUAAUUUGAAAAACAAAAAUAAUCAUAAAUGUUGACUCUGAUAAUUUUCGUAUGUUUGUACUGGAGCUCAUAUAUACACUGACCCGAAGACUAAAGCCUGAGUGGGAUCGCAGUCAGCAACACCCUAGUACUUCCGGUUUCAUUUAGGCUGAAUACCUGCCUGUCUGCUGCAUCAAGUGACAAGUGCCAACACCCAACGUACGUCUUCAUCUUCCUGGAAAGUGAUUCAGCUGCUUUUUCCUGACCUUGUUCAAAGAGGGAGACGCCACAUUAAGUGAACUUUUAAGGCUCCAGACGGUCAGGAACUUCAGCAGAACAACUAUCUAGCAUGAACCCCAGACUAACCAGGAUCCAGCAGAGAACAAUCUGCUCCCAGCUCGGAAGUGUCAAACUACAGCUGCUGUACAAGGCCAGCAUUCAUGGUUUCACCGGCGCUGCCUUCCACCAACGAUGUGACAACCGCUGUCCCACAGUGUCUGUGGGCUAUAACACCUCCGGUUAUGUGUUUGGAGGCUACACCAAACAACCUUUCAGUCAGUCUGGACAGUACGUGCACGAUGACCAGGCCUUUCUUUUCACCUUCAGUGGAGAAAAGCUCCUCAAAUAUCCGGUCACUAGUGCCACCUAUGCAGUGAGAAUGAUAAGUAACUCUGGUCCAUAUUUUGGAGAAGCAUUGGUUCUUGUCAGUGGAAGCCAAGCAGUAGUCUAUAACAGUCCAGGAAAUUAUUACAACUUUAAUGCUGCAGAAAUGCAUGGCAACGACCUCAACCUGACUGAGUGUGAAGUCUAUCAAGUGGAGGCGACCCCAGAAUUUGAGAAGCCAUGGAGGCCGAUGGUCUGGGAAAAUGCGAAGAGGACAGAGAUGAUGGACAGUAUUAAGCUCUACUCACCCACAGUCAGCUCCGUGUCCCAGGUUCGGGUCCUGCUCAUUGGACCAGUUGGAGCUGGAAAGUCCAGCUUCUUCAAUUCCAUCAACUCUGUAUUCAGAGGCCACGUCACCAGCCAGGCCAUCGCUGGCUGCUCUACCACCAGCCUCACCACACAGUUUCGCACUUACUCAGUGAAAGCUGGACGAGGAGGAAAACCUCUGCCAAUCAUCUUGUGUGAUACCAUGGGAUUGGAGGAAAACACAGGGGCGGGGCUUGACGUGGAUGAUAUCAUCAGCAUCCUCAAAGGUCACCUACCAGACACUUAUCAGUUCAACCCUUCGGCUCCUCUGCAUUCGGAGGCCCACGGCUAUCGUACGUCUCCAGGGCUCAAGGACAAGAUUCACUGUGUGGCCUACGUCAUUGAUGCCUGCAAGGUCUCCAUCAUGCCCACAAAGUUGGAGCAGAAGCUGGAAGCCAUCCGCAGAAAGGUCAACUUAAUAGGGAUUCCUCAGCUGGUCCUGAUGACUAAAGUGGAUGAAGCAUGUCCUUUUGUUUCACAGGACAUUAGGAACGUGUAUAGGAGCAGCUACAUCAAGGAAAUGAUGCAGGAGGUCAGUGCUCGGCUCGGCGUGCCAUUGUCCUGUGUUAUUCCGGUGAAGAACUACAGCGAAGAGUUGGAAUUGGACGUGAACUGUGACAUCCUACUACUCACCUCUGUCAUUCAGAUGCUUCGCUUCGCUGAUAAUUACUUUGAUGAACUCAGUGACCGAGUCAGCAACUUUCAAACCAAAGAAUAGUACAAAUUAGCACAGUAGAUGUUCAUAUCUUGUCCAACUGUUAGUUAUUUCUUCUUCUUAGUUAUUUUUACUGCAUGAUGACUACACUUUUAGAGAAAUUGACAUUCAUGUUGUUAUCAUUUAGUUAUUUGUCCUGUGGUAAUUUAGCAUUGCCUCCUUCAGUCUGAUUUGUUUGUCCAGAUGAAACUGAUAAUAUUUGAACUUUGGAAUCAAAAUCUAACAAGUGAACCACCGUGUAGUAUGUUAGUAAUGAGAAAGUAACCUGACCAAACUAAAAGAAAUUAACUUUAUAAGUUUCUAUUCAUGCUCUUAUUCAGCUUUUUCUUUGUGUGUUCUCAACUGGUAUACCAGAGAACACCAGAGAGUCCAUACAAGUCUAUAAUGGUGAGCGGAAGUCUUGAGCCUGGAAUCAGAUCACAAUUUAAACACAGGUACAUAUUGAAAAGCCACAUAGCUUUCAAUUCCAUUUGGCUUCCAUAUUACUCAUGAUUAUGUCCAAACCAAAUCUGAUUUAACUGAAACAGAGAUUAAUAUUGUAAAGAAUUACACAAAAACAUGUCAUAUUUAUGUCGCCUAGAUUUUGCAGUAGUUGCUAAACAUUAUGCAUCCUGGUACAAAGUCUUACAGUUUAUACUCUGUCUGUAUACCAAACUGCAUGAACGUUUUCAGUUAAGUCAUUCCAGUCCCUGUUUUUUCCCAUCAAGCUUUGUAGUAAUAAGUCCUUUUCUCUACAGUAUUUGAUGCCAGGAAAACAACUUCCCAGUUUCUCAGCUGUUUGUAUUAGAAGAUAAAAUCACAUUUAAUGUUAUGUUGCACCUUAUGUAUAUUCAGCUUGUAUUUCUAGUUGUGUCAGUGACAAUAAAAGCUCUUUCUGGCUAGAAACUUGAAAAAA